CCAGAAUCGUAGAUAUUGUACUGAUCUCUAUAAUAGUCGAGUACACAAAAUGGAGCCGUUAGCGCCACGUGCGUCCGCCAAACUCAUUGCUUCGUGUGCAAAAAACGUCACCAUAAAGCAAGAGGGAAUAAGAAAAACAACCGAACUAAUUAAUCCUGAGCUGGAACAGAGUUUAUAUUCUGUAAAAAAUUGGAGACAGCACGAAUUGCAUCCUAAAGAUUUGAACAAUGCUACAGUUGACUGGAUAUUUGUGUUGGAUACACUCAACUUUUCGUUCUGGGUUGAGGAUUCAUCUCCACCAUUUGUCGUGAAAUAUCAUGGCAAAUGUUAUAGAUACUGGGCUCUAUGUGCAGCCAUUCAUCGAGCAUUAGAGGAUGGAAUUCCAAUUACAACACCUUCUUACUAUGCCAGCAUCACUGAAGCAGAAUUGAGAAAGGUUUUUAAAUCAGAGACAUCAACAGACAUUCCUCUUUUGCCAGAAAAUCUAAACCAAACUGGUGGUGUUCUUGUUGAGCUAUAUGCGAAUACCUUGAAUGUGGUGAAAUCUUGCAACCAAAGUGCCCAAAUGUUACUUGCAACAGUCGUGGAACAGUUCCCAUGUUGUGAUGUUGCCACAUUUUGUGGUACCAAGGUCAGCUUCCAUAAACGGGCUCAAAUCUUAAUUGCAGACAUAUGGGCUUGUUUUGAAGGGAAGGAUCUGGGCAAUUUUAUUGACAUAGAAACUCUAACAAUGUUUGCUGACUACCUUGUUCCAAGAGGACUUCAAUUUUUCAAUGUGUUGGAGUAUUCAGACUCUCUGCAUGACAAACUGACAUCUGGUGUACUUAUUCCCAAUGGAGGUGAACUGGAAGUUGAAAUUCGGGGAUGUAGUAUACAUGCUGUGGAACUGAUUUGCAAUGAAUUGCAAAAGCUCCAAAGAGAUAGGAUCGGUAGAAAAGUGGUGAUAAAUUCAAUUCUUGUUGAUUUCUUCUUGUGGGAUUACAUCAAAUCUCACGAAGAUAAAAUGCAAGGGUUUCCCAUUCAUAAAACAAGAAGCAUAUUUUAUUGAAGGGAGAAAAUGAAAGGUUCUUGUCUUUUUGAAGAAGAAAUUCUUAAUUUAUAACUGUGAUUUAAUGGUCAAGUAGCAAUUGCUGAAAGAUUCAUUGGAUGGAUUCGACAUGCUCAAUUUAUGUUCACUUUCAAUAAGUAAAUUAUUUAUACUUGCAUGUUUAAAUAUUUACAUAAUCAUUUAUUUUUAGUUGCACUAAUCACUGUGGGACUUUUAAACAGUGAUAACAAAUACAUAUUUAAAUAAGUAUAGUAAAACCUAAUUUGUACAACAUUUGAAACAA